CAUUGCCAUUGGAUAAGAUGAAAUAAGAUUGUGACUGUGUGCUGGAUAUCUUCAACAUUGUUGUUAUGAUGCAAGGACCAGAAGGAAUGCUACCAGGAGCUUAUGUGUAUGGACGCCUCUUCAAACCGACUCACCCUGUUUAGACAUGAGAGAUUAACUAAAGUCAACAGGGACGAAUCAGUAAGAUGCAUCAUCACCUUGACGACCAGCCCGAUCAAUAAGAAGCUCCGACUGAUCUCAGCCGCUGGUCGGGCGUCUCAUCAACAGUUUCUUGUCUUGUAGUUGUCUUCUUGCCACUCGCAAAACAUGCGUCCUUCCCUUGCCACUGCAGUCCUGCCCCCCAGGACCCGCUCCCAUAACCCACCCAACCUAGCAGUUGGGGGCCGUGAACACUUGUCAGCUCCACGGAGGCGCAGCCCCCACCUGAGGCACACGCUCAGCCCGGACAACCUGAGGACUCUGGCGGAGAGGGGGGGGGCUGGCGGCGAUAACGUCUCUGUCAUCAGCAAUCCUAUCCGGCUUCCGCGGGCCAACAGUGACACUGACCUGGUGACGUCCCACAGCCGAUCCUCCCUCACAGCCUCCACUGUGGAGCACACGCUGAACCGGGGCCAGAACCUGGUCAUCUCCUGGGACAUCAAGGAGGAAGUGGAUGCUACCGACUGGAUCGGGCUGUAUCACAUUGAUGAAACCAGUCCAUCCAACGUGUGGGACUGUAAGAACCGAGGGGUCAACGGCACCCAGAAGGGCCAGAUCGUCUGGAGGCUGGAGCCCGGGCCCUACUUUAUGGAGCCUGAGACUAAGAUCUGUUUCAAAUACUACCACGGUGUGAGCGGAGCCCUGAGAGCCACCACCCCCUGCAUCACUGUGAAGAACCCUGCAGUCCUGGCGGAGCAGGUGGGCAUCGAACAUCCACGGAAACUGAUUAGCUUUACUUUGACAGAUCUUCGUGCCAAUGGCCUGAAGAAAGGAAUGUUUUUCAAUCCGGACCCUUACCUGAAGAUGUCCAUCCACCCAGGGAAGAGGAGCGUCUUCCCUAUCUUCAGCCACCACGGACAGGAGCGACGAUCAGCCAUCAUCGCUAACACCACCAACCCAACCUGGCACGGAGAGAAGUACACGUUUGUCGCACUAAUGACUGACAUCCUGUACAUCGAGGUGAAGGAUAAGUUUGCAAAAAGUCGACCGAUCAUCAAACGUUUCCUCGGUCAGCUCACCAUCCCUGUGCAGAGACUCAUCGAAAAAAUACCCGGAGUCCAGCCUGUGAGUUUCCCUCUGUGUCGCCGCCUGCCUACUGAACACGUAAGCGGAAAUUUGCAGUUCAAAGUGGAACCUACAUCGACUGGUCCUGAUGGGGCCUCCCCCGAGUCUAUCAUUGGCAUUUCGUCCUUGAAUGGAGCUCCAGGGACUCCAUCCGAUGAUGAAGACCUGCCCCAUCAUCUUCCAGGAAUCUUGUCUUCGGUCCCCUCUCCUACCGGCUCCCAGGGCUCCCAAAGCAUGUGGGAAGGCGGGGCCACCGCCUACCCAGAAAAGGAACUGCCUCUUGUGGGAGCUGAGAGCAGAUUUGUGGAGCAUGAAAGCCUGUCGUGCCAUGAAAUGCUCCAGAGGUCUCUCAGUGAGGGCCUGGCUGCCAUCGAGGCCCCCAAAGGCCCCGGUGAAAGACCCCUGGGUGCAGCCUCACCUAAACUUCGCUCUAGCUUCCCCACUCACACAAGACUCAGCGCCAUGUUGCACAUCGACUCAGACGAGGACGAUGAUCGGUCCGGGGCCAACGACAUCUUUCCCAUGCCGCUGUCCCCGCUGCUGAUGAAUGGAGAACCUCCAGAUGUCAGCGGCCCCGAUGAAGAUGACCCUUUUCCUGAGUUCCAGCAGGAGCAGCAUCAGCUGGAGCCCGCAGCGCAGGUGGAGGAGCCUGGGGGGGCGGGUGGAGCAGAAGCCCUGCCCCCUGAGGCAGAGGGGGCCCUGGAGAUGGGGCUGGACUUGGAGGAUGUGUUGGAGCCUGACGUCUUCUCCGAAGUGGAAGAGGCCCCUUUUACAGAGGCUGUGUCCCACAACACUGUGCUAGAGGGUGAAGGGCAUGAGGAGGGGAGGGGCCCUGGUGAGGACCCCUCCUCAGAUAUGGACACCUGCUCCAUGGCAACAGCCCCACAGACAGCCUUGUCAUCAUCAGAGAGCUGUCCAAUCACAGCCAAAACUGCCGUGGAAGCGAAGGAUGGAGCGGAGACGGCCAUAGAUCCGGGGGGAGACGUGGUUUCGGGAACCCCUCCUACAAAUCAAGCUGUGGAUGAUGAAGGGGGUGGGCAGGUGGCUCCAUCUGAGGCUGCAGGAGCACCCCCCCCAGUCAGCGAGCAGGUGAGGGAGGAGCUCAGUGUGAGGAGGCUGAGCCUGCAGGCUGCAGGGGGCGUGGCCGAAACACAGGAAGGGGAGGAGACUAAACCUUGUGAGGAGGCGGGCUCUGCUGACUCCACAGAAACAGAUGGAGAGGAAGGCUCUCACGUUAAUGGCCAUCCUGUACGUUCACUUCCUUCUGUGCGUCAUGACAUCCACCGAUACCAACGCGUGGACGAGCCUCUGCCUCCCAACUGGGAGGCUCGGAUUGACAGCCAUGGUAGGAUCUUCUUUGUGGAUCACGUAAACAGAACCACUACAUGGCAGCGUCCCACCGGACCCCCGGCCCCACAGGGCCUCACCCGCUCCAACUCCAUCCAGCAGAUGGAGCAACUCAACCGCAGGUACCAGAGCAUCAGAAGGACCAUCACCAACAGCGACCGGCCAGAGGAGAGCCCGGUGGACCUGCCUCCUGAACCAGAGAGUGAAUUGAUGCCUCACUCCAUUACGGAAUACCGGCGAGAAAGUGCAGUGGCUCACUCCAGCGGCCGCUCGCGGCUCUCCCUGCUGCUCCAGUCCCCCAGUGCCAAGUUCCUGUGCAGCCCCGAUUUCUUCACCGUGCUGCAUUCUAACCCUAGUGCCUACCGCAUGUUUACGAGCAACACCUGCCUGAAGCACAUGAUCAGCAAGGUGCGCCGGGACGCUCACUACUUUGAACGCUACCAGCACAACCGCGACCUCGUCACCUUCCUCAACAUGUUCUCCAACAAGCAGCUGGAGCUCCCCCGGGGCUGGGAGAUGAAGCACGACCAAACUGGGAAGGCCUUCUUUGUGGACCACAACUGUCGCUCUACGACCUUCAUUGACCCCCGGCUCCCCCUCCAGAGUUCUCGCUCCACUGGGCUGUUGGCCCACCGCCAGCACCUGAGCCGCCAGCGCAGCCACAGUGCUGGGGAGGUGGUGGACGACUCCCGUCAAACCAACCCCCCCGUCAUGCCGCGGCCGUCCAGCACCUUCAGUGGCUCCAGUCGAAGUCAGUACCACGAUGUGGUGCCUGUGGCCUACAACGACAAGAUCGUGGCGUUUCUACGGCAACCCAACAUUGUUGAGAUUCUGCAGGAAAGGCAACCCGAGCUGGCCAGGAAUAACUCGCUCAAGGAGAAGGUGCAGUUUAUUCGCAGUGAGGGGGUGACAGGGCUGGCUCGUCUCUCCAGCGAUGCUGACCUGGUCAUGCUGCUCAGCUUAUUUGAGGAGGAUGUGAUGUCAUACGUUCCUCCGCUGCUUCACCAGAGUUACUGCCUCUCGUCUCCUCAGAGCUCCCCCGGCACCCAGCGAGCCAAUGCCCGUGCUCCCGCUCCCUACAAGCGAGAUUUUGAGGCUAAACUGAGGAACUUCUAUCGAAAGCUGGAGACCAAGGGUUAUGGACAGGGACCGGGAAAAGUCAAGCUCAUAAUACGGCGGGACCACCUUCUGGAGGAUGCCUUUAACCAGAUAAUGUGUUAUUCCCGCAAAGACCUGCAGCGGAGCAAGCUCUACGUCAGCUUUGUGGGCGAGGACGGGCUGGACUACAGCGGACCUUCCAGAGAGUUCUUCUUCCUGGUGUCCAGAGAACUGUUCAACCCGUACUAUGGCCUGUUUGAAUACUCGGCCAACGACACGUACACUGUCCAGAUCAGCCCCAUGUCGGCCUUUGUAGACAACCACCAUGAGUGGUUCCGCUUCAGUGGGCGGAUCCUGGGCCUGGCGCUGGUCCAUCAGUACUUGCUGGAUGCCUUCUUCACACGACCCUUCUACAAGGGGCUUCUCCGCAUCCCCUGUGACCUCAGUGACCUGGAGUUCCUGGAUGAGGAGUUCCACCAGAGCCUGCAGUGGAUGAAGGAUAACGACAUCGAAGACAUGCUGGACCUCACCUUCACUGUUAAUGAGGAGGUCUUUGGACAGAUCACAGAGAGAGAGCUGAAGCCGGGCGGGGCGGGGAUCCCCGUGUCGGAGAAGAACAAGAAGGAGUACAUCGAGCGGAUGGUGAAGUGGCGUAUCGAGCGAGGAGUGGCCCAGCAGACGGAGAGCCUGGUCCGAGGCUUCUAUGAGGUGGUGGAUGUGCGUCUGGUGUCCGUGUUCGAUGCUAGGGAGCUGGAGCUGGUGAUAGCCGGCACUGCAGAGAUUGACCUGGCAGACUGGAGGAACAACACGGAGUACAGAGGAGGUUACCAUGACAACCACAUAGUGAUUCGCUGGUUCUGGGCAGCUGUGGAGAGGUUCAACAAUGAGCAGAGGCUGAGGCUGCUGCAGUUUGUGACAGGCACCUCCAGUAUUCCCUACGAGGGCUUUGCCUCUCUGCGGGGCAGUAAUGGCCCCCGCAGGUUCUGUGUGGAGAAGUGGGGGAAGAUCACCUCCUUACCCAGGGCUCACACUUGCUUUAAUCGUCUGGACCUCCCCCCUUAUCCGUCCUUCUCCAUGCUCUAUGAGAAGCUGGUCACUGCGGUGGAGGAGACCAGCACCUUCGGGCUGGAGUGAGAGAACCAUCUGGAAAUCUACCUUCCUCCAGACGAGAGACAAAUAAAACUAAUCCUCAAAUGGCAACUAACCCCCCCACCCCCUCCCCCCGUGGACACUCUGCUGUUUUUGUCCUGUCUCACUCAGCACUCAGUCUUCUUGCGAUCCUCCCCCAGAGUUAGUGGAGAGAGGACUGCAGAGCUGCUCUGUACGGCUUCUUGCUUUCAUGCUCACCUUUGUUCACGUGUGCUUUAUCUCUUCAGUUGAUGGCCUUGUUUACUGGAUUUCUAGCACCUCCUCCUCCUCCUCCUCUAACCUGCACCUCAGAGACAGCUGCUGAAACCCCCUGAGCCCCCCCCCCCCUCUCCGGACCUCUAAACUGUGUCCUCUCUGCACUGAGGCUGCAGCGUUAUGAACAAUAAUACACACACACUAAUCACCUUUGCACAACGAUCACACACAAACAUUAUAUUUUUUAAUUGAUUGUGCAUACGAGUGUCUCCCCCAGGAUUUUUUUGUAUCAGCAUGGAAAGAUGUGACAUUUUAGACCUUGAGCUGGAUGUUGGCUGGUCCUCCAUGCCCGUCUGAGAGCAGGGGAUACACUAGUGUGCACAAACACACACACACAUAGACAACGUGCAUAGAGCAAUUGUCCUGAGACUGAAAAUCAACUUGUUAGAAGUUGGACUAGAGUCACCAGCUCUUCUGAGUCAUUGAGCUGCUGUGAGGAUGACGGUUACCUUCAAUACUGCGACAUCAGAGCUCUGAAACGAAAGGUGAAGACGUAUAUCUGAGGCUCUAUUUCUGCAUAUUCUAAACAAGGCAUCCAGUGUCACACACUCAUGCAUUAGCUCUGAUGCUGUGGGUGCAAGUUCUUAUCGUGUAACAGAUGGCACUCACUCCACUACACAGAAACAUUACCUUCCUGUCUUUCACACAUUUAUCAUGAGCAAUAGAUCCACUUUCACACAAGGACAGGGGACGUCUGCUCAUAUGUGUGACACAGAGUCCUCCUCACUGAUGGAAUCCUGCUGCCUCCUCUGUGAAAGUGAUGAAUGUACCAAAUAACACUGAAUGUAUUGAACCUCAAGCAGCUCUGUUCAGCCCCUGAAGAGGAUUCGGCCUCACAGAAAGUGGAGAGUUGGAAGUAUGGGGGAAGGGUUGGAAUGUGACACGGUUGCUUGAGGAAGAGAACGCGAUUCACUCGAUGUUGGCACCGGAUUACGCCUUGUCAGCAGAAAGACAGGAGCCUGGCAUCACCCAGGUGCCGGUCAGGGUGCAGUGUGGGAUCUUUUUAGUGCCUCUUGGGUUUUCCUGACCAUUAAGUGACAUUUCAUAAGGGAAGAUAUUUCAUUUCCUUGUAAAAAUGUUACCAGAUCCACGUGUCUCACAAAUCAAAGAUGGUCAGACCUAAAGGGACAGUUCAUGACUAAAUCAAAUGUAACUUAAAGGUUCAUCACAAAAUGUUUUUUUCCUCUUACCUGUUGUACUAUUUUGGAAUCUGGAUUGUUGUGGUGCAAUAACUAUACAACUAGAUGGCAUUCAGCUUGUGGUGCUCAAUGCACCAAAACACACAUCCAAAAAUCUCAACACUAGUGUACGAACUCACAACCCUGUAAGCCAUGAUUUUACACACACCUUGUUGUGAGCAGUUUGAGGUGGGAACUAUAUCCUUUACACCAAACUACAUCCACCAACUCAAUCUACACGCAGAGGUAAGAGCAGAGCCACUUGUUUGGCACCUUUUACCUUGAGCACCACCAGACAAUGCUAUCUAGUUUUAUUAUAUUGGAUAGAACUCAGACAUAUUCUAUUUUUCGGCCCAUAUUUCAAACACUUAAUAACUCACAACAAAACAAUAUUGAUGUAUAUAUAGCACUGCAGAAAAGAGACAUGCACUUUUUAUUUAGGGUGAACUGUCCCUCUGAGAAGCUGCGGUUUAAAUUCCUAAAACAAACACAAGGGGGCAGGAGGUGUGCUGUGAUUACUAAAGCAUCUCUACACUGAAGACCCAGUGUUUCCCUCCACUCUGAAUCACCUGACCUGUGAUGGUGAUGUCAUCAGCAACAUAAAUAUUACACUUUUGGUACAUAAGUCCAUGCCAGGCAAUAGUUGAAAAGCAUGUGAUAAAACAUUUCUCUAACUCUAAAGUGCACGGCCCAAAGCCUGAGGACCAUUUUACUCUAACGCACUUUCUUACAUGCACUCACUCUCUCUCACACACACACACGCACGCACGCGCACACACACACACACACACACACACAUACUCGUUUUCUAUGGGGUGCAUGCAAGAUACAUCUACUGUACAGAGUCCUGUUGGAGCUACACCACAGGGGCUGGAAUAGUGCUAGAGAGCCCCACGUUCAGUGGAGAUGUGGAGGCAGACUUUAGAAUCCCAGCCCCCCCCCCCCCCCUCCCAGUCCAAUACUGCAUGCGGGAUCUUCCCAGUGAGCUCUGUGAGCUGCGCUGGGGCAGAAACCCCUAGGUGGCGUUGUGUUAUAGCUCGAUAUUGCAUGCUGAAAUAGUGCAACACACUAUCCUUACUAGCUUUUUUGCAUGAGGAUAUUGCUGUCCGUUCAGAAAAAGGGGUGAGGGAGUAGGUUUAGGGGCGUUGCUCUGGUUGUGGCGCUCAUUUGAGGCAUGCGGCCUUAUGCUCACCUGGCACUGUCAUACCUUGAGUGUGGAGCUGAUGAGAACAAGGGGUGGGAAAUAGGUGCUUUAAUCACUUAGAUUUAGCUCUGGGAAUGGACAAUGUGCAAAUGGGAUAGUUUGUUUUCUCUAUGACAGUGUAUUGGCGAGUAUCUCGGCAGCAUGUUUCAGAAAGUAACUUUCACAUGUGUGUGUCUGCCUAUCUUAGUAAUAGGUUGAUGGUUAUGGUUCAUUGCUUGGUGAUGAAUCAAUAGGGCUGUUUUGAUUUUGUGAAAUGUGAGAGCACAUGUUUGUGUACCAGGUGUGCGGUCCUGUUUGUCUCCUUGUAUAUAAAUGUAUAUGUAUGUCUGUCCUGUUGUGUGUAUAAAUAUAUAUUUUGCACCGAAUGUACCAAAGGUUUGGGGCUUGCAAAGUCAACCAUUAGAACCUGCUCUCUAAUUUUGUCUACCCAUCACAUCCCACAGUCCUUACAGAGCAUCGCCUCAUAUUGGAGGUGCAGUGUGGCAUGCCAACACCGCUUCACGUUAGGAUUAUACAUUCACUCGGUCAGUUUUCCAUAAGGAGGCUUUUCUGCUGCAGAACACUGGUCAAAUGGAUCGCUUCACAUCCAAAUGAAGUAGUUGCACCUCUCUUGUCUCUAAUAGUACAUUUCUGAGAGGACAUGGCUCCGGUUUCAGAAUUCCACUCUAUGCAAAGCUCCUGUAUGUGUGUCUCCAUUUCACCCCAAUGAUUGUAAUAAAAAGAGAACAAAUGGCAAAUUUUGA